AUGGAGGAGAAAGCUGUCAUUGAGCUAGCCGAAAACCUGGAGGCGGGAAAGCCCGGCGUCGAGCAUGGACACGUCCUCGUUGAUAGCGAUGGGCAGGUUCAGCGGCUGCCGGUGCCCAGCAAGGAUCCGAAUGACCCAUUGAACUACACGAAAUGGGAGAAAACCGGCAUCAUCGUGAGCUGUUGCUGGUUCUCGGCGAUGUCUCUGUCACUUGUCGGGGGCCUCGGAGCUAUCCUUGACGUCCUUUUCCAGCUCUACAUACCCGAUGGGCAUAGUGCCAACGACGUUGUGUGGUUGACUACAUUUCCCUCCCUUUUUGUUGGCGUCGGCAACUUUCUUGUUCUACCACUCGCUAUGCUGUACGGACGUCGAUUUACUACGCUUGCCUCGACAGCGGUCCUCCUCGCAGCUACCAUUGGCUGCGCUGCCUGCAACACGUGGGAACAGCACCUCGGUCUUCGCAUCUUGCAGGGCCUCGCAGCGGGUGUAACGGAAUCGGUCCUCCCAUUGAUGUUGGCCGAGGUGACCUUUGUGCACCAGCAUGGAGUAGUGUACGGCAUGUACUGGGCAGCGCAAAGCGCCAUUACGGCCUGUCUUAAUCUAGCUUCAUCCUACGAAGUUGCCGCUCUCGGAUGGAGAUGGUAUUAUUGGGUAUUCGCCAUCACGAUUGCGGUCGGCUUACUACUCGCCUUCUUUUUCGGCUUCGAGACCAGCUACAAGCGUAGCUCGCAAUUCGUCCACGGCCGCAUGGUCCUCACAGAUCAGUUCGGAGUCACGAGGAUGCUUAGUGUGGACGAAACCCGAGACUACCUCGAGACGCACGACCACCCUGACGUCUCUGAAGAGCUCCGCCCAAAGAAGACCUACCUGCAAAUGCUCGUUCCGUGGUCGUCAUCGACUGAAAGCCCACUGACUCUCAUUCCCCGUACGACCCUCCAAAUAUUUGAAGCGUUCAUGUCUCCCGGCAUUCUCUACGCCACGCUUGUUGCUUCUGUCGUUCUGGGAGCCUCCAUCGGCAUGUCCCUCUCUUACAACACAGUCCUACAAUACAACUAUCACUGGCCCGCCAAAUCAAUCGGUCUGAUCAACCUUGGUGGCGUGUUCGGGGGAUUUGGCGGUAUGCUGUACGCCGGCUUCUUCGGCGACAAAUUCAUCGUCUGGAUGGCGAGGCGCAAUGCAGGCAUUCAUACCCCUGAGCACCGCCUUCCCCUUCUGAUUCUCCCCGGCAUCCUGGGCGUAGUCGCUCUUCUCCUCUACGGCUUUACUGCCGAUGGUAGUGCGACUUGGGGCGGGCCAUACAUGGGCUGGACACUCUUCCAGAUUACCUUUGUGUCUGUGCUUAUCCUGUCAACGUCUUUCGCCGCCGAAGCGUGGGAGAAGAAUCCCGGGCCCGCGAUCGUGGCUGUCGUCGGCGUGAAGAAUAUCGUAGCCUUUGCGCUGAGUUAUGGCAUUAACCCCAUGACGGAGAUGUAUGAUUACCCUGUUGCGAUGGGUAUUCUGGCGGCGAUUGUGGGAGGUGUGUUCUUGCUCGGUGUGCCGGUUUACUUUCUGAAUCCAAGGGUUACCGCUAACUGGCUUUUGUUUAGUGGCGACGGUGGAUGGACGCGAAGGAGCGAAGACGCGCGUCGAAUUGAGUCCCAGCCUGCGAGUAGCUGUCCCCACGCGCCGAUUAUGAAGAUCGGGGGCGAUACGAAUAUGCCCUACCCGACAGCGGAAUUGAUGAGGUCCAUCUGCCUUUAUGGUCCCCUUAAUGAAAACAAGAAGAACAACAGUCGGACUUGUCUAGUGGCCACAAACACUAUGCUCUAUAUCAAAACAACUUUACUCAAUCUGGAUGCACCUAGUGACCAUUAUAAACCGCUUCGGCCAUAUUUACAACUGAUCGAUCAGUCAAUAAGCAACAUACGCACAGUAGGCGUUUUCCGCGGCCUCCGCGGCACCCCCGGCAACCGCGCCCGCAAGGCCAGCAUCCGGAUCGUAUCACCAGGAACAAGGGUCUUGAGCCCCAGGCUGCAGCGAUCAGAAAACCAUCUCGCUGCGAGAGCAACGUUCCCGGCCAAAAUGUCCACCCUCCACCCAUACUACCCGCUGGGCGUCGUGAUCCCCAACUACGUCCCCAAUGAACUCAGCACGCCUUCGCUGCUUGCGAUAUUCGCGACCGCAGUUACGGUUGUUUUCUCUGUUACGACGGUCCUAGCGAAGACGGUAAAUCCGCGGAUUUCGCAGCCCGAGCUGGCGAAGACGCUUUGGUUUGCGCUGUGUGCGUCUCCCCAAAUCCUCCAGUUUCACCGAGACUGUCCUAAUCCAAAACAACGUAUGCAUAACAGGCGGCUCCAUUCACUCCAUCCUAGAAGGCUACUACGCGCUCCACUUCCUAACACUCGCCUCAUCCCUGCACCCGCUCGCCCAGCUGUGGAAAGAGUACUCCCUCUCCGACUCGCGCUAUCUUACCCCGAACUCGUUCGUCAUGCCCAUGGAGUCCAUCACCGCGGUGUUCUGGGGCCCGCUGUCGUUCGUACUCGUCUGGUUUAUUGUCACCGAACACCCGGCCCGUCAUCCGCUGCAGAUUGUCGUCUCGCUGGGCCAGUUGUAUGGCGAUGUGCUGUAUUAUGGGACCUUGUGAGGGCUAUCAGGGAUGUUUUUGUUGAGGUUAAGGGGAUGAAGGCUGGACGGGUUAAUCCUCAUUCUCCGCCAAGCUGUCUCGGGCAUCCAUUUAUUACUCCUGCAUCUCCGCUUCUUUCGCACCUUAUCUCGACCUCUUGCUUGAUCUCAAGUUCUGGAACUCCACCAGUCCCCUUCACACGCCGCUCAUCAGCAAACCCAAAAGACAGAAACACCAAAAUGAGCCAAGACACAAAACUCCCCCAUCCUCCACCAAAGUCAUACCCCCCUCCCCCGCCAGCCUACGAUCUCCACUACGACUACGACUACGAAGCGCAACAACGACACCUCCCCAUUCAAAAGGGCCCCUUACGGACGUGGGGCGAUACAAAGCGGGAAUGGCGGCACGGGUCGAAGUCGAGGGUCUUCAAGUACUAUCUCGGGUAUGCGUUGGGCGGGUUUAUUAUUGGGGCGAUUAUCGGCGUGCUUAUUGGCGUUAUUAGUCGGUAUACGUGA